AUGAAGUACUUUUCUGUGGCUCUUUUGGUCAUCCUGAGCAACGUCCUCUAUACGUCAGGGUUGAAUAUACCUCGUACAGCUGAAGAGUUUCGCCUUAAGCAUCCUCUGCCCAAGAGGACUAUCCCAUGCCGCGCAUCUUUCACGCCGAAAUCAUCAGUGAACGAUACUGACGAUGUCUCUGAUCACUUUUUAGACGCUGUUAUGCGUGCGAAUAAUGGAGGGGCUGUGUAUCUUCCUGCAGGUCAGACAUUUGUGAUCGGCAAACCGCUUGACUUGACAUUCCUUCAUGAUAUCCACAUCCGCCUUGAGGGAACCAUUAAGUUUACCGAUGACGUCGAAUUUUGGCAAGCCAACGCUCAUCAGCAUCCGUUUCAAAGAUCACUAAUGUUCUGGAAAUGGGGCGGUAAAGACGUAUGGAUCCAUGGCGAGGGUGUCAUUGACGGCCAAGGGCAAAGGUGGUGGAAUGAAUUCUCUGGACAAGAAAUCUUGGACCCAGACAAUGAUUAUCUAAGACCCAUUCUCUUUUAUGCGGAGGGUAUUGAGAAUUUGACUGUUGAGGGGAUUCUGAUGAAAGAUUCUCCAGUUUGGCAUAAUUUCAUUGUUAACUCCAAAUACAUCACAUACCGCGAUGUCAUCAUUGAGGCAAAGUCGAACAAUUCCACAGUCGAACCAAAGAAUGGCGAUUUUUUCAACUCUCUCAACGUUGAGCAUAUUCGUAUCGAGCGCGUUUGGGUUGACUCAGACGACGAUUGCUUCUCGCCGAAGAGCAAUAAUACAGACAUCCAUGUCAAUACGAUGUACUGUAAUAACUCUCAUGGGCAGUCACUGGGAAGCCUUGGACAGUAUGAGGGAGAGUAUGUUUUUGUGAAGGACGUUGUGAUUGAGAACGUCUGGAUGCUGAACGGAAACAAUGGUGCCCGCAUCAAGGUCUGGGCUGGGGAAAACGUCGCGACUGGGUUUGUGGAGAAUGUGACAUUUCGAAACUUUUGGUCUGAGAAUGAUGACUGGCCUAUCUUCUUGGACAGUUGUUACUUCAACGUUGACUCGGAAACUUGUAACCGCUUUCCAAGCAAGAUGAAGGUCAGGUGA